AUGUCAUCAUUGUCUGAGUGGUAUGAGAUAGGUCCCCACCAAAUCCAGGUUCCAGUUGGUGGGAAAGAAGAAGAGAAAGUGCAACGGCGGCCGGGCCGGGUGGGUCGGGGCCGCCUGGGGCGGGCGGUGGAGCGCCCCCCUCCGGGCCCGCCGAUCCCCGCGCCCCGCCCGCCCCCAGGUCGCCAUGGCAACGGACGCCGGGUUCGGGCCUCCGACUCGCCGCCUCGCCGAGCCCGCAGCUCCGCGGGAGGCGCCCGGCGCAGCCGCCAGCCCGGGGCUCGUAUGGAGAGCGCGGACGACACGCCCGCGGCCGAGGAGUGCCGGAAGAUCCUCGAGAACCUCGAGUCGACCAUUGAGCAGUUCCGGUUCAGCCCCAGACUUACUAUUUCAGAUGAUUUGAAAGUUGGCUUUUUCAGUACAGACCAUGCUACUCAAACAGAUUACAGUGAAAUUCUGCCGUUAAAAGAGUUGAGUUCAUCUACAGAAAAGCUAAUACAGAUUAUUAGAUCUCUUCAAGUGGAUUUUGGGUUCCUCAAACAAUUGCUUCAGUUGAAAUUUGAGGACCGUCUUAAAGAAGAAUCUUUCAGUCUCUUCACUGCUCUACAUGACAGGAUCCUAAAAAUUGAAAAACGUUAUCAAGAGAAUGAGGACACCAUAAGAAAAUGCUACAAUCAGCAGUUGGCUGAUGCCAUAGCAGUUAUCAAAGGAAUGUACAAGCAAUUCUUUGAGGUGGAAGAAGAGACUUUUGUGCAAGAAUCAGCUACGAUCAAAAUGAGUAUUUUGUUAAAAAAACUGAAGGAGAGAGAAGAGAUUAUUAAGGAAUUAAGAGAAGAACUAGACCGAUAUGAAGAGUCUAGACUUCAAAGACUUGACGCUUUUGCCAGAGAGAGGACCCUGGAGAGGGAAAAUUUGGAGUACAAAGUAGCAAACGAGAGACUGCUUCAAAUCAUUUCAGAACUGGAAGAAGCAAUCCGACUCAACCUAAAGGAAAAUUCAGUAUUAGAAGAUGAAAUUAUAAAUCUGAAAGAGACGGCAGAAAAGAAUCAUAAAACCAUUCAAAAGCUAAUGGAUGGUAGAGACAGAUUACUAUGUGAGCUUGAUUAUGAAAAAUCAUUAGUUCAAGAAAUGAUUAAUAAACAGAAGGAGGACAUGGAAAUAAGGAAAAAGUUGGACAGCUCAGGCAGCAAGAGCCUGAAACCAGUCAAAGUGAAAGAGACCGCUUUGUCUCCGUGGCCCUCACAGCCCAGGAUUCCAUCCAGAAAUAGAGCCAUUUCAAGGUCACACUCACCCUCCCUCACUGUAGCGACUGUUAAGACCAAGAUAGUUAAGACACCAAACAAAUCUGCAAAGGAAGAGCAGCCCGUGGUGAGGCAUGAAAAACCAGUUGCGGUGCAUGAAGAAAAGAAAGUAAAAUUAUCAGUGGCUAAGACUGAAGACAAACGUAUUUUGGAGGAGCAAAUACAAAUACUAAAGGCUAAUUUAGAAAACGAGAGAAAGAAGACAGAAAGAUAUAAAAAAGAGUCAGAUCGGAUAAGCAAAAACUGGGAAAAGAAAUUCUACAUUCUCAAGAAUAGCUUUCAUGUCCUUAAAAAUGAGAUGUUUACUAGGCACACAUUAUUUCGUCAGUUUGCAGUACUUGCUGAUACAUCCUUCAAUUAUAUUAAAUUGAAGCCUUUAUUCGUGCAGUCUAAAUUGAACUCGAUGACAGGUUCUACAUCUUCUGGAAGUGAUCAUACACCUUUGAUAGAUAAGGACCUGGAUGCAGUCAGUGAUCAGACAUUUUCCCCCUCUUUAUCAAAAGGGAGGUUGUCAGGAACACUGGAAGAGGAGCCUUUGGAGAAGUCAUCGAUACUCCAGAUAACCCCAGAGGACGAUAUCGAUGCUCCUGAGUAGUGGGCCAGGACACUGGGUGGUGCAGAACGGGACCACAGAGCGGGCCCUCCCCAUCCUGUCCUAAGGCCUGCCUCCCUAACAAGGGAUACUACCUCCAAGGCGUUUCUAACAUAGCUGUUCUGUUCCCCUGGAUGAUGUAGACUCACUUGAGACCCACGCUUGAAGUGAGAAUACAUGAGCCCACCGGUGAGCACCUCUCUCUCCAAGCCCUUCAGGCAGGUGCUCACUCUUGCUGGAUGAGCCGGACACACGGACUCCCAGGGGCUGCCAAAUCCAUGGUGCUUUCCUGGGCUCUGCAGCACGCCCCAAAAGCCUUAGGGUGGGGAGGGGCUGACUUCAAUUAAAAGGUUUGAGGCACUAAACUUUCACUCCCUCUCUCAUCCCUCUUCUCCCUGGAAUACAAAGUCAAACUGAUUUGCUGCCUCCUUGCCUGCCAGUAAUCCCCAUGAAGGCGAGCCUUAACGCCUGGUUCCAAGGGAUUUCAAAUUCCCCCUAGGGAGAUCCACUUUUAUCUUAUAUAGAUCCUGGGCUCCUAGCCCUGUCUUAAAAGCUUAAAAGCUCUUCUUCCUGAAGUGGGAAACCCCUUGGAGUUUUGCUUCCUGGUAAGUAUCAAGGUCAAGAUUCACAUAUCUAUUCUUUCCAGAAUGUCAGGUACCUUUUGUGAAAGGCCAGCUUGCUUUCUUACGUGCGUAAUGGUCAGCUUGGUCCUUUCUGGUCCCCUAACUACAAGUUAGGCCCUGUCCGUAGCCCAGUUUCAGAAAUGUAGACUGUGGAUUACAAAUUUCUAAAGCUAUUUAUUAAGUGUCAAGAAAUAUAUCUGUGGUAACUGUCACAUAAAGCUGAUAUACUCUGGUGUGAAAGAAAGCUAGAGAGGCAAUUUAUUUGUGCGUAAAAGGCACAAGAUUUAAUUGGAGAGGGACUUGUUAUUUUCAACACAAGUACACGGGGUGGCAUAGCGCCGGAGAGCAUUAUUCGAGCUUCAUCUACUAUGCACUAUAUGCCACCGUCUCCAAAGGAGUGUUGCCCUAGAAACUUGUUUUAAAUCUGCUGCUAUAUAUCAACACCUUGUUUUCGCAGUCCUUGGCUGAAUUACAGUUACACAGUUUGGCGCUUCUUUCAAAUUUCCUCCCAUCAGUUUGGCUAAAGAAAGGAAUUUUUCUCCUUUAGAAAUGAAUUGGCUUAAUUAGUAAGUAGAUUAAUGGCAAUUGCUGGUGAGUUGGUUUCCAGCAGAGUUUCACCAGAGAGGGUUAAUCGGAGUCAGGUCUGGAAUCUUUCCCAGAACUGGCUGCCAGCCAUUUCCACCAACCAAUCAACCCUACUAGAAACGGGGGGGAAAUGAAAUAGAAUUUAUAUUCUCUGUACUCUUAUCCUGGACAGAAAUUCCUUGGAAGCAGCCACCUCGUUGGGUGCAGGACAGACUGCUUCACUGCGGAAUUUUAACAGAACCCUUGAAGGGUUUCACCUUCCAGAUUUAUCUGAGUACAAAGCAGAAUUUCAAAUGGCACAGGGAGUGUCUCCACAGAACCCCGAGGGCGCAUUGGAAACGCCUGAGGCUCUUAGUCAAUUUCAGGUUUACAUAAAUUGCAAAAACCUCCCAAAUUUGCUCCUAAUCUGUUAUCUGCCAGAAGCCUUUAAAAAGUUCAGUUGUGUGUUUUGCAGGCUUUCCCCUUAUUUUUUCCAUAGUGAUAAAAAAAUGCAUUCAUAGUUUAACUUGCAGCUGCAUUAGUCUUGCAAAAAAAAAAAAAAAAAUCCCUGCU